UGUCAGCACCUCCUUUCUGCACUCAAAGAGUGUCUUCUGCACUCGGACUGCGUCGUAAAGCAGGGAUAUCUACCGUCUGAAUGUCUGCGGGAGCACACCGAUGAAUUGCCGGAACAGUGUAAAGCAUUGCGGCAGGCGACAUUUGAAUGCAAAAGGGGUAUGUUAGACAUGAGGAAGAGAUUCCGAGGA